UCCCGUUUUUUUUUGUCUCCGCCCACCGCGCUGCAAGUAGACGGAACAGAAGAUAAACAGUCGAGGCUGGGCAGGAUUCGACUACCGAGCCGUGCGCGACCUUGUUUGCGUCGAUCGUGCACGAUUUGGCCACGACCGGGCCGCCUUGCACGACUUGCGCGGAGCCGUCAAGCAGCAGGAACGAAUGCACGGAGAUGGUUGUUCUUGCGCCAUGUUUUUGAGAGAAUCGCCGUGACUCGCAGGGUGCGACGUUCGCAGCAUGAUAUCGCCCUGCGGCUAGUGGACUUGCGUUAAACCCACGCGAGACUUGCUCGAUCGUGCCGGUGCGUAAAUCGCCGCGCGUAACCACCGGGCUCUCUCCAUGGAGAUCCCGCGGCGGCGCUGCUCUUCUCGAUCCGCGCGUUAAAAGAACAACACUCGAGAUGAGUCAAGAGCAGGAGGGCAUUUCCUUGCCGGUGCCUUGCCUCGGGGCUUGCGCCGCCAGAGGGGCCGAUGUCGGCGGCGGAGGAGCCGCCGGAGCCUCGGGUGUCGGGCUUCCAGCGGCGGGGACUUUCUGGCAGGAUUCUGUCAUCCCUGGCGGGGGCCACGGGCAAACUUCAGCCAACUGCUCGAUGGACGCCGGCGGUCUGCCGUCCGCGGGCAAGUCGUGCAAAAGCAGGCCGGUGAGUGUCGCCUACGUGUUGAACAAUGAGCCGAACCUGCAGAACAACGCCGAGUGCAUGGCCCUGCGAUGCCUCGGGGACGCUUGUGAGGCGGUGGGCAGCAAACUGGAGACGGUCCACUUUGGGAAACUGGACUUUGGAGAGACCACAGUGCUGGACAUGUUCUACAACGCGGACAUCGCCGUCGUGGAGAUGACGGACGCUUUCCGCCAACCGUCGCUCUUCUACCACCUGGGGGUUCGAGAGAGCUUCAGCAUGGCCAAUAACAUCAUCCUGUACUGUGACACCAAUUCCGAGUCGGUCCAAUCUUUGCAGGAAAUAAUAUGCCAGAAGAACACUCAGACUUGCUCAGCCAACUACACCUUCAUCCCGUACAUGGUGACGCCGCACAACAAAGUGUACUGCUGCGAGGGCAGCCUCAUGAAGGGCCUGACUGAAUUGAUGCAGCCCAACUUUGAGAUGCUGCUCGGGCCCAUUUGCAUGCCCCUCCUGGACCGCUUCAUCCAGUUACUCAAAGUCUCGCAGGCCAGCUCGCAUCACUAUUUUCGGGAAACCAUUCUGAGCGAGAUCCGAAAAGCACGGGAACUCUACACCGGAGCGGAGCUGUCCGCCGAGCUGGGCCGAAUACAGCAGCGGCUGGACAACGUCGAGUGCCUCUCGGUGGACAUCGUCAUCAACCUGCUACUGACGUACCGAGACAUUCAGGACUAUGAGUCGGUGGUGAAGCUGGUGGAGACUCUGGGCAAGCUGCCCACCUUUGACCUUGUGGCGCAUCCACAUGUGAAGUUCCACUAUGCUUUUGCACUGAAUAGGAGGAACCAGCCCGGCGACAGACAGAAGGCCCUGGACAUCAUGCUUCCCCUCGUGGAGGCCAAAGAGCAGGUGGCCUCAGAUAUCUACUGCCUGAUCGGGCGGAUCUACAAGGACAUGUUCCUUGAAUCGCAUUUCGCGGACACCCAGAGCAGAGACAGCGGCACGCACUGGUUUAAAAUGGGCUUUGAGUCGGAGCCAACACUGCACUCUGGUAUCAACUACGCCGUUCUGCUCCUGGCGGCCGGACACCAGUUUGAAACUUCUUUUGAGCUUCGCAAAGUGGGGGUGAAGCUGAGCAGCCUUCUGGGUAAAAAGGGCAGCUUGGACAAGUUGCAGAGCUACUGGGAUGUGGGCUUCUUCCUGGGCGCCAGCAUCCUGGCCUGCGACAACACCAGGGUCAUCCAGGCCUCCGAGAAGCUCUUCAAACUCAAAGCGCCCAUUUGGUAUCUCCGUUCCCUGGUGGAGACCAUAUUGAUCUAUAAGCAAUUCAAGAAGCCCUGCGUUGAACAGCCAGCCCCCAAACUGGAAGUGAUGGACUUCUGGAUGGACUUUCUAGUCGAGGCAACCAAAAAAGACGUGUCCUCCGUGCGAUUUCCCGUGUUGAUAUUGGAGCCUACUAAAGUCUACCAGCCAUCAUAUUUGUCCAUAAACAAAGACGUGGAUGACAACACAGUGUCCAUCUGGCAUGUGACUCAUGACGACAAGGGGAUUCACGAGUGGAACUUCAGCGCCACGUCAGUGCGAGGUGUCAGCAUCUCCAAGUUUGACGAGCGCAGUGCUUUCCUCUACGUCCUUCACAAUGCAGAGGACUUCCAGAUCUAUUUCUGCACGGAGAUGCACUGCAAAAGGUUCUGCGAUCUGGUCAACAGCAUCACCGAGGAGGCCUGGAGAGGUCCGGACGAGGGAGACUGUGAUACUGACGCCUUAGAGUAUGAUUACGAGUAUGACGAACAUGGUGAGAGGGUGAUUCUGGGAAAAGGUACAUUUGGAGUGGUGUACGCGGGCCGAGACCUGAGCAACCAGGUCAGACUGGCCAUCAAGGAGAUACCGGAGAGAGACAGCAGGUACUCACAACCCCUCCAUGAGGAGAUUGCCCUCCAUAAGCACCUGAAACACAAAAACAUCGUCCAGUACCUCGGCUCCAUCAGCGAGAACGGCUUCAUCAAGAUCUUUAUGGAACAAGUGCCUGGAGGGAGUCUAUCCGCACUGCUCAGAUCCAAAUGGGGUCCUCUGAAAAACAACGAGCCCACCAUAGGCUUCUACACACGGCAGAUUCUGGAGGGACUCAAAUACUUGCAUGACAAUCAGAUCGCACAUCGGGAUAUCAAGGGUGAUAACGUGCUCAUCAACACCUACAGCGGCGUGCUAAAGAUAUCCGAUUUUGGCACAUCCAAGCGCUUGGCUGGGAUUAACCCCUGCACUGAGACGUUCACAGGCACACUACAGUAUAUGGCUCCAGAGAUUAUCGACAAGGGUCCUCGUGGCUACGGCAAGCCAGCAGACAUCUGGUCUCUGGGCUGCACCAUUAUAGAGAUGGCGACUGGGAAACCUCCUUUUUAUGAACUCGGGGAACCACAGGCUGCUAUGUUUAAGGUGGGAAUGUUUAAGAUCCACCCCGAGAUCCCCGAGUCCAUGUCACCAGAGGCAAAGGCCUUUAUUGUGCGUUGCUUCGAGCCCGACCCGGACCGCCGAGCCACCGCCUUCGACCUGCUCACAGAUGAGUUCCUCACCGUCACCAGCCGCAAGAAGAGGAGUAAAAGUAGCUUCACGGCUCUGUCUCCGGGGACAGAGUACCUGCGCAGCAUUUCGCUGCCCGUGCCUGUGGUGGUUGAGGACACCAGCAGCAGCAGUGAGUAUGGCUCCGUCUCCCCUGACAACGACCUCCACACCAACCCCUUCAUCUUCAAGCCCAGCGUCAAGUGCUACAGCGAGCGCGACGUCAAGGGGCCCCGCUCGCUCUUCCUCAGCAUCCCAGUUGAGAACUUUGAGGACCACAGUGCACCUCCAUCUCCUGAAGAGAAAGAUUCGGGCUUCUUUAUGCUGAAGAAAGACAGCGAGAGGCGAGCCACCUUGCACCACAUCCUGACCGAGGACCUGGACAAGGUGGUGGCCAAUCUGACGGAGGCCCUCAUGCAGGGAUCGGAGGAAAUGAAGAUGAAACCGCAGCACAUCUCCACUCUGGUGGUCAGCCUGGCCGACUUUGUCCGAGUGGCCGACAGGAAAAUCAUCGCCCGCACGCUGUCUCAACUCAAGCUGGAGCUGGACUUUGACAGCACGGCCAUAAGCCAGCUGCAGGUCGUACUCUUCGGCUUCCAGGACGCUGUGAACAAAGUGUUGCGAAACCACAACAUCAAACCUCACUGGAUGUUUGCACUGGACAACAUCAUCCGAAAAGCAGUGCAGACCGCCAUCACAAUCUUGGUGCCAGAGCUGAGGCCUCACUUCAGCCUGGCAUCAGAGAGCGACGCUCCCGACCAGGAGGACGCCGAUGUUGAGGACACGGAGAGGAACUCGCCACAGCAAAGACGUCCGCCGGCUUGCUCCAGUCAAGAUGAGACGGUGGUCACUUCGGGAGUCAGUACGCUCAGUUCGACUGUGUCACACGAGUCGCGUAACGGCCAGCAUUCCGUCAGCAUGGAGCUCGGCAGGAUGAAGCUGGAGACCAGCAGGCUGCUGGAGCAGCUUCUGGACAAGGAGCGAGAAUAUCAGGCCAUCCUUCAACAAGUUCUGGAGGAGAGAGAGCAGGAGAUCAGACUACUACGACUACGAUCUCACACUACAGCAAACAUCUCCACGUCGACGUGUGGUCCCCAAGCACGCGGGGCUCAACCUGCCCAAAAACGUGAAGAGACAGAGCUCAGCGGCUGGCUAAGGCUUUAUGGAGCGGACCAAGACUCCAUAGAUGUGAUACUCAGUGAGGAGUACACAUUGAAUGACAUCCUCCAUGAUGUCACCAGAGAAGAUCUGAAGAGUCUCAGACUGAGAGGCGGAAUCUUGUGUAAACUUUGGAAGGCCAUCACGGACCACAGGCACCAGCCCACCUGAGGCCUUAAGUGGCGGCCGCCACUCCGAGAAGCCGGGACACCUCAGUAUUCUCCUCAAUACCUCAGUAUUUAUUUUUAGAACAAGAGCCCCCCUGUUUGCAGCUUUCCACCCACGCUAAAGCCUAUUUCUGUUGGUCGGGUGCUGUGAUCGUUUUGAAAAUGUCAUUUUGUCAAGUGCCACUGUAGCGUCGACCCGCCUUAUGGACACGACAGGCAUGUUACAACAACGUCGACGUGGAGUUUCAUUUGUAAACUCACAACAGUUGUUCCUGUCUCCACACGAUGAAACGUUUACAUAUCUAGAGACUGACUGUUUGCCUGAGAUACAAAACUACGACAUGAACGGUGUUCGGUUUGGCUUACCUACAGCUUUGGUCGUGUUUUAUUGUGGGUGUUGCAUCCUGUUUAUUUUUUUUAUUUUUUUAAAUUUCGCAAAACUGAAGGAUGUCAAUGCAUGCCAUUAAUGUUUUUCGGAUUUUUUAGACUAAUUUAAAUGCCCUUUAUUCACAUUUCACAAACCUUGUACAUAUUGUGGAAUAUCUUAAAUGUGAACAUGCAUACAUGUAUGAAAUAUAACUUAAAGAUUUUCCAUGUCGAUGCUCGUGUAUAGUAUUGUUGGAUUUUCUAACGUGACAAGUCGUAGGAGAAUACAAAUUCCAAUUAUAUACGGUACUGUAUCUGAUCUGCUCACUUUUUCAUUAUUUUUACAAUGAUUUCCUUUUUUUUCCCCACCUUUUUUUGAGAUAUUAUUCAAUCUGCUGUUUGUUGGAAGGAAAUUGUAACAGGUAAACACGUUUUAUAUUUGCAUACAAGACUGCUGACAUUUAUUUGAAACCCGUGUCAGAAACAGGAGCGGAGUCCAUGUCGUUUCACAGUUAACAUAAUGCAAGAUUGGCGGAAUGUCAUGUUGUUAAAAUAAAACUUUUCGUCGUGGAAUUAGA